CAAACCCAAACGGGCAAACCCCAAUCCCUAGCCAUGGAGGCGCAGCCGGCGGCGGCGAACCCCACGCCCACCCCGCGCCGCCUCACGGUCGCCGACCUCCUCCGCCUCCGUCGCCCAACCACUGGCGCCUCAUCCCUCCAUUCUCGUUCCGCACCCGCCUCCACCUCCCCGCCGCGCAAAAAGCCGAAGCUCGCCGCCGCCUCCCCGAACCCUGCCUCGAGCACCGGCACGGUCCCUUUCGCGCCGAUCUCCCACCCCGUCCUCCUCGCCGGCACGCUCUCCCUCCCUUCCGCGGCCUCCCCCACCGCCUGCCGCAACAACUGCUUCUCCUUCUCCGACCCCUCCUCCUCCCCUGGGGCUUCCUCCGUCUGCUGCUGCCUCCUCGACUUUGACCCCGCCGCGCUCGGCCACGAGAUCCGGGUCCUCGCGUGGAACUACCUCCCCUCCGUCCGCCUCCACGGCGCCGCCGGCGUGCUCGAGGUGGUCCGCUGGUGCCUCGUGGAUGAGCCCGUGCCAGCCCCGAAAUCUAGCUUCCUGACGACGAUUCCACUCAAUUGCACCGCUAAAGAGCCGGACUUGGCCACCCGCGGUUGCGUGUUUGGGGUGGUGAGGUCGGUGAGCGUGGUGUUCAGUAUGCCGCGCGCGACGCAGAGCAAGGCGGCCGAUGGGGGCGGCAGUUCAGUCGGGUUUCUAGCGGAGAUUUUGUGCUGCGGGUGUCGCCGGUGCAGGGUAUCCCCGCCGGAAGCUGACCAGGAUCAUAAGUUUGAGGUGGUGAAAUUUCUUUACUUUGUGGAGUCGACAAGUACGUGGCGACCUGUGUUGGUGCGCCUUGUAGGGAGGCUGGUGCAUGUCUCGGGGUUGAAGAAAAAAAUGGUUUCUGUUGGGGAGAAAGGCUCACACACCAUGUUGGUGUCAUCUGAAAAAACAGUGCUGGCAUGGUGCCCAUCCUACAGGGGAAAUCUGCCAUUGGAUGGCUUGCCAGAGAAUUGCGGUGGAGUGUACGCUGGGGUCAUCACUGGAAUUUACAUGCAGGGCGUGGUGGUUGAGCUGGAUGACACCGUGUGGCUGCUGAUUGAUGAUCAGCACCUUCCACCACCACAUUCUUUUCGAGUUGGUGUUGUUGUCUCUGUAAAGAACUUUCGAGCAAUGCAUCUAAAAUUUGCUUGGACGGGGAUUGUUCUGCUUGCAACGUGCAGUAAAACUUGCGUUACUGUAAAUUCUUUCUCCCUAGUGGACUCCAAAAGUCAUAUGAAGCCAGAGAGCAAGAGUUUCUUGGGAAAGUUUGUUGACUCCUUGGAGAUGCCUUCUAGAUUUUGGAUGUUACUUCUGAUAUCAUGCUUUAAACAGAAGUUCACAAAAUUAUUCUCUGAUAAAGAGAUUUUGGGCUCACAAAAUAAGCAAGGAGUGGUUCACGCUUAUGCUACUAAAAUUCUUUCUUCAAAGUGCCAACCUCAGCAAAGUUUAAUAAUGAAAUUCUGCAGUCAUAAUUGUGGCAGGUCUAGCCUUGGAUCAAACUUGGAAGCUUGCAAAUUGGCCAUACCAUUCUCUAAUUUUAUCUGCAAGGGUGAAUUACUGUGGAUAUCACUUAUGCUCAAAUUUUGGAAUGGUUCUGAAGAAGUGGGCAAGAACCAGGGACAUAACCAAUUCCUCUGUGAUGGGUUGUCCUAUCCUGGCAGUACCAAAAGAAUAAUUUUGAGUGAAGAUCUGGAUUUUGUAUUGGUGGGAAGCAUCAAGGCUUCUCCACUGUCAGGGAGGCUGCAGUUGGUCGAUUCGACUGGAUGUAUAGAUGUUAUUAUACCUGAUCUUCCGCAGAAUGAAAGUUUGUAUGGCAUCUAUGAGAUCAAUGAUUACAAACUAGCCCUUGAAGGUCCAGUGGCUUACCUAGAUCAUUAUGGUGUUGCUGAUCCCCUGUCCUGUAAGGCUGUGUUUCAGCAGCUCUCUUACAGAAAAAGAGUGCAUCACCUCAAUAUCUAUGUUAUAGUCUGCUGGAGGGAAUUGAAUCAGAUUGCCCCUUCCUUGCAUAUUCCUUUGCACAUUAAUCAUAGUUUGAGGUCAUUUCACAUGCUGAAGUUGUCGCACAUAUUUCCUGCAAAUAAUAAUAUUCAACGCCAUAGCAUGUCAGGGCCUAGUCUGUAUGCUGAGGCUGUAAUACUGCCAUAUGAUUUGCAGUUUAUUGGGCAAGGUGAAUGCAUUGAGCAUGCUCAAUGCUUUAGAAUGUCACACACUCAUUUAUUAGGUAAUUCUGAAGCCUCUAUGGCAAAAUUGUGUAACAUUCCGUGUUUGCUAAGCUUCGGGAGCACCAAUCUUUGUGGUACUCUGGUGUCUAGCUAUUCCUGUGGAUCAGAUGGUACUAUUCUAAAUGAACCUAUUGGAUCCGGAAGAGAACACACAUCAAGGAUUUUAUUGGAGUUCAAGGAGGGAAGUUUUAUAAAAUAUCAGUUACUGCGGAUCGGUGGUUACUAUCUUCUCCAAUGUCCCAGUGGAAAUCAAUCUUUUACCAUGGAAGGUUGUGGAUGUUUAGAAGGUGGUAAAGUCUCACUAGAUUCUCAGGAUAAACUUUGGAGCCUUGCCAUUACCUUUGAUGGUAAUAUUAGCAUCAAGGGGACCACUGGGGAUCAAUCUAUUGAAGUUACUUCAAUGAAGAUGGAUGAGCCUUUUUCCAGAAACACCAUCCAUGAUGAGCUAAAAUUAGUACAGCCUUGGAAUGACUUCUGCCACCAUUCUUAUUUCCGUUUGGAUUUUUCUUGUGAGGCAAUAAGCAAAGAGAUGGAAGAAUAUAACACUGUAUGUCAUGUAUUGAAUGGGCUGUGUGCUUCCUCAAGUGAAGUUUUAAGUGUCUCAUCAUGCAUUGAUAUCAUGAUGCCUAAAGAGGCUUCUGGUUCUGCUAACUUGCAAACUGAAGAAGUGGUUCAAGGAGAUUUAAUAUCAUUACAGGGAAAAGUAGAACAUGUACAUUCACAUGUCUGUAAGGAGGGAAGAUGUAUGCUUGGUGAUGAGAAAUACAAUAUAUGUAUCCAUGUUUCUGAUAAUAAUCAUACGGUAUGUCUCCAUGGGUACUUAAGCAAAUAUUCUUCUCAUGUUGGAAUAGGACCGGGGGCAACAGUGACAUUCCACCGUGUCCUUUUGACACACGGGCACGAAUUAUUGUUAAUCCCCGUGACGUACAUUGAAGUUAUCUCCAUCAGCCAUGCUGACCUGAUUGAAGAAAGUGUAAUUUCACCACCCAUGUCUAAUUGCUUGAGAGAUGGUUCACUUAGCACAGUUUCGCCUUGUUUGUUCUUUCAUCGGAAGCAUUUUACAGACAACAGAACCAUGCAAUUCCACUGCAGGGUAGCAACUGUCCUAAUGCUGAUGUUGGACAAUUGUCCAAAUGACUUCCAAACUCCAGAAUCAAUUGACCACAGUAAAACACCAAAAGUAAAAGUUCGGCUUGCUGGUUUUAUUCUUGAUGAUGGAUCAUCCCUGUGCUGUUGCUGGGCUGAUGAUGCAAGGGCUGAAUUGUUGCUUAGACUGCAGGAAAUUGCACAUCUGGAUGCUUCUGUUAAUUUGAAGCUCUCAAAAGAUGGACGCAGCACAAACUUACAAAAUACCAUUGGUUCUUGCCUAGAAAAAAUGUUAAAGAAGCACACAAGUGUCAUUGUAAAAAACUAUGGAAUUCCUCCUGAUUUCUCUUGCCGAGACAUGGAGGUAUCUUCUGUUUUGGAUAAAGUCUUAAGUCGCUUGGAAGAGAAACUUCUGAAAUUUAUUAUCCUUAAUACUUGUUGGAAGGGAACUUUGGUGAGUUUAUCUAUCCAUUGAUUGUGAAAGCAUAUUUGA